AUGAUAGCCACAGCCAUUGCCAGCACGCCCCCCAUUGUCCCCCUGGACAUGGCCCCAGACUCCUUUGAUGACCAGUACCGGGGCUGUGGCCCUGCCAUGAAGGCAGCCUUGCUCCCCCUCAACCACUCUGAGUUCAAGCAGAACAAGGAGUUUGCUGAGGUUUGGGUAAAGGCUGCAGCUGAGUGGCUGCGUCGGGGCCCCCCUGAGUCCCCUCUGUCCCCAGACCAGGCCACCGCCAUCAUGGCCUUCACAAUGACUGACCCCAGAAAAUUCAAUGAUGCCGUGCGUGUGGCCGGGCGUUCCCGCCAGGAAUACCGAGACAACUUCCACUUCAAAAUGCUGCAUUUCCUGCUGACCGAUGCCCUGGCCACGCUGAGGGACGCUCAGAACGGGCAGUGUCGGGACGCGUUCCUGAAGGUGUGUGACACCCGGUUUGAGGCACAGCGUGGUGACACCGUCCGGUUUGGUCUAUUCAUGCCAGUGUUCCCGAGCAAACAAACUGGCGAGUGCCCCGGUGAGACAAUGCUCGAGGUGCACACAUGCCAUGGCGUGGAUGUCACGCCUUUUAGCGAACAUCCGGAACCUAAAAUCAUGCUGAUCCCACCCUUUGAGACUUUCAAGGUCACCCAAUACACCCGGGAAGGGGACAAGACACAGAUCCAGCUCCGCUCCACUGAGACCUUCACCAAAUACAACUGCGAGUGGCUGGGAGGUGUCACUUCAGGUGGGAGCAUCCCCAGGGCCACCUUCCAAAUUGGAGGACUCCUCUUGACCACCGCAGCCCUGGCACUGGCCACCAGGAUCCUCUGA